AAACGGUUUUCCAGAUAAUUCCCAAAUCAUUUUUUCACUACUGCCAAACCGUAAAAAGACACUAUUUCCAGGGAACGUACAACACAUGGAAGCGUCGUCAAGGAACAGAUCCACGCAGGGUACAACCUUCCACAGCCUGCGCAACCACUUCCAACGAUCUCUCUCCCCCACCGGCCGGUUCUGCUCCUCCUCCAUCUCCGCCGCGUCCUCCGCCGCCUCCGCCUCCGCCGCCGCCUUCUCGCCGGAUCAGCUCUACGCGCGGCCGACCAGUCCGACGCGCGUCAGCCUCGGUAGAUCCGUUUCGCCGUCGUCGUCGGUGAGGUAUUCCGCGCCGAUUAGGCAUCCGAUUUCCGCGGCGGCGCACUGCCGGAAACAGAGCCAGAGCCGCCGGCCGCUCAAUUCCGGCCAGAAAAAGACGUGUAUGUGCUCUCCGACGACGCAUCCCGGCUCUUUCCGGUGUAGCCUACAUAAGAACAGUAUAGUCCCCGGCUACGGCCAAGCGACGUCGUUCCGGUCGAGCCAGCAAUUGCAUAUGCGCCGGUCCGCGAUGACUAACUCGCUGGUUCGAAUUGGAACGGUCGAGGGGGAUCUGGUACGGAGAGCUCUAACGGCUUUGAUUAGGCCGUCGUCGCAUAGCCUCCGGCGCCGAGCCGACUUCCAGCCGCGCCGCAGCCGACUCUCGGUAAUGUCGAAGGCUUAGGACGGUUGACGGCUUCUGCGACGGCGCCGGCGCCGGCUACUUUUCUGCCCUGUAGUCGUGUACAGUUUUGACUCGGUGAGUCGGCUCGCCGAGUGGACUCGGGCGGUUUGGAGUGUUCUUUUUUUUUUUUCUUAUGCUGUGAAUAUUUUACAUUGCAUACUUCAUUCUCUAUUUUUGGAAAUGAAUAAAUAAAAUUGAAGGUGUA